AUGACGAAUAAACCGGUCCUGUUAGUUGAAUAUAAUGAAACAAUACAUCGUAUCGUUGCUGACAAUCCAUUUAUUAUUGUUCGAAGUGUUUCAGAAAACAUCCAACAAAAAUUUCAUAUUAAUCAUCCGAUUAAGUUAACAUUACAUAAUUCUAGGUCCUCGUCACCGCUUUUUGUAUUUCUCAGUUAUGAAUGGUCUCAUCAAAAACACGUUUUACUGUUAAAACAACACCUUGAAUCAAUUGGUAUUGAUUGUUGGCUUGAUAUUGAACAACUAGGUGGUGGAACAAAAUUAUUGCGUGAUAUUGAAUUUGGCAUGCGUGCAACAGAUUUGGUUGUCUGUUGUAUAAAUAGGAAAUAUUCUUCGUCAGAAAUGUGUUGUCGUGAAGUUACUUUAGCUGUACAACUUGAAAAACCUAUAAUACCAUUGUUAUUUGAAGAUAUUGAAUGGCCCCCAAUCGGUUUAAGUACCGCAAUGGCUGAAUAUGUUUAUAUACGAUUUUAUUUAAAACAAAAUGAAAAACAAAAUAUAGUUGCGACUAGCGAACAGUUUUGGUUAAAUAACAAGUUUGAUGAACUAGUUAGACAAAUUUAUAGAUUUUCUUGA